CAUCGAUCAACGGAAAGAGCUGAAGAUGUCGGCUUGGUCAUAUGAUCAGCGGUGUCCAAUCACAGCUGCCUGACAGCUUGUGAGUAGUGGAGAGCCGGUAAUUGGCAUCCCUCUGAGGGGACAUGUACACUGAUCAUCAGGGCACUGAUGAUCAGUGUGCCCUGAUCAGUGUAGCCCCAGCAGUGCCACCUGUCAAUGCCCAUCAAUGCCAGCUGUCAGUGCUCAUCAAUGCCACCUGCCAGUGCCCAUCAGUGCCUACCAGUGCACAUCAAUGCCACAUAUCAGUGCCCAUCUGAGCUGCCUUUCAGUGUCACCUAUCAGUGCCAGUCAGUGCCACCUAUCAAUGCCAGUCAGUGCCACCUAUCAGUGCUGCCAUUCAGUACCAUCUAUCAGUGCCAGUCAGUG